UUUUUUUCCCUCUGAGAUGAAGUGAUCAAUUAGAGUAAUUGAUAUAGUGUUUGAAAUAAUUCGAUAUGCAAGAAGAAAACAUGUUUUUCGCUCGACUAGACGAUUCGCCCAUGUUCCGUCAACAGAUCCAGUUGAUGGAAGAAAGUGCCGAUACAAUAAAGGAAAGAAGUCUAAAGUUUCAUAAAGGUUGUCGAAAAUAUGUAGAUGGCCUUGGAGAAGCAUAUGAUAGAGAUAUAUCGUUUGCAAGCGGCCUUGAAACAUUUGCUGGAGGACAUAAUGAUCCUAUCUCUGUUGCAUUUGGAGGCCCGGAUAUGGAAAAGUUUGCAAUUGUACUGAGGGAAAUUGGAACAUACAAGGAAACUCUUCGGUCACAGGUAGAGUUUGUGCUGAAUGAGAAACUUACGCAAUUCGCUAAUGUUGUCCAAGACAUUAAGGAUGCCCACAAGCGCUUUGACAAGGCUACUGUUAUUUAUGAUCAGGUUCGAGAUAAAUUUUUGUCAUUGAGAAAAAGUGCAAGGAUAGACAUAGCUAGCACGCUAGAAGAGGAACUCCACAAUGCAAGAUCAAUUUUUGAGCAAACACGCUUUAAUCUGGUUGGCGCCCUUUCAGCUGUCGAGGCAAAGAAGAAGUAUGAGUUUGUAGAGGCCAUUGGCAACACAAUGGAUGCCCAUCUUCGUUAUUUCAAGCAAGGGUACGAGCUAUUGCAUCAAAUGGAGCCCUGUAUUAAUCAGGUUUUGGCUUCUGCACAAGAGGCAAGGGAAAAUUCGAACCAUGAGAUAUCAAAUCUCAAUGAACGGAUGCAAGAUUACAUAAAGCAAGUUGACGAAGCAGGAAAAAAGCCUACUGAAUCUCCACGUGUAGAUGCCACACAACCUGUUUUUAGAAGCUCUCAGAAAGUGAUAGAAGAAGUGAUGCAUGCUGCUGCUGGGGGAAAGGUACAAACCAUCAAACAAGGAUAUCUCUCUAAACGUUCCUCCAAUUUGAGAGGAGACUGGAAGAGAAGAUUUUUUGUUCUUGACAGCCGGGGAAUGUUGUACUAUUAUCGGAAGCAAUGGAAUAGGCCAUUCUAUGGAGGCAGCAGCCAAACUCCCAUGCACAAAAAUACCCCGUCUGAUUCAGGCUCCGGGCUAUUGAGUAGGUGGCUUUCUUCUCACUACCAUGGCGGUGUAAACGAUGAGAAAUCUGUAGCACGCCAUACGGUGAACUUGCUUACAUCAACAAUAAAAGUGGAUGCGGAGCAGGUUGACCUAAGAUUUUGUUUCAGGAUUAUUUCACCUUCAAAAAACUACACUUUACAGGCAGAGAAUUCAGCAGAGCAAAUGGACUGGAUCGAAAAAAUAACAGGAGUUAUUACUUCUUUGCUACAAGCACCCGAAUUCUGUUUCAGUCCAGGUAGUGAGUGCGGUUCAGUAGAAACUCCAGAUCAUGAUUUAAAGACUACCCAAAGCUUUAAAACUAAGAAAGAUCGUUCAGCAAGAAGUAUAAUGCAAGCCACCAGAAGUACUCUAAAGUUUCAAGCUAAUUUGAAAAAGGAGAAGCCAAUCGACGCAUUGAGUAAAGUGCCUGGAAAUGAUAAAUGUGCCGACUGUGGUGCACCUGACCCUGAUUGGGCAUCCUUGAAUCUUGGUGUUCUUAUAUGCAUUGAAUGCUCUGGCAUUCAUCGUAACCUUGGGGUGCAUGUAUCUAAGAUAAGAUCCUUAACACUUGAUGUGAAAGUCUGGGAACCUUCCGUCAUUUCUAUGUUUCAAGCGCUGGGUAAUGUCUUUGUCAAUUCCAUAUGGGAAGGGUUAUUGCGAGCAAAUAGAACUAUUCAAGCUGAUGAACUACCAAUACGGUCGUUUGAAUCUGAGAAAUACAGACAGUUUUUCACCAAACCUCAUCACGCUGGUCAAACAGCUCUUAAGGAGAAGUACAUCACUGCAAAGUAUGUAGAAAAAAGUUUUGUUCCCAAACUAAAGGAGAGUGAGCAACUUGUUUCAGCUGCUGAGCAAUUGUGGGAAAGCGUCCGUAAAAAUGACAAGAAAGCUGUCUACCGCCUUAUUGUUUUGUCAGGAGCAGAUGUCAAUGCAGGUUAUGGUCAAGGAAUGAAAUCAAACAAGCAGGAAAAUCCUGAUCCGAAUGUCCCUGCUAUGGAAGAAGACGAGCUUUUUGAUGGUUGUUCGUUGCUUCACCUGGCCUGUCAUUCAGCUGAUAUCAGCAUGGUGGAACUGCUCCUCCAGAAUGGGGCAAAUAUCAGUGCUUGUGAUUCCAAGGGUCAAACACCAUUGCAUCAUAGCAUUUCAAGGGGUGGAAAUGCAAUCACCAAACUCUUGCUCACAAGGGGAGCCAACGCAGAAGCUGUCGACAAAAGUGGUAAAACCCCUCUUCAGCUCGUCACAGAAUCAGCCAUCGAUGACGCCGAGAUCCUUGCUCUAAUGAAAAAUGCUGCCAGAUAGCACUUUUGCUAAAUUAAUGAACAUCGAUGACGUCAAGAUCCUUACUACUUUAUGUUUACAAGUAUAAGAAGACAAAGUAAUUGUAGAUAAUGUAGACUAGUUUAUUCUUUGUUGUAUAUAUACUGUCAACUUAUAUUUGAUUAAUGAACAAUGUAAAGAUUUUUAUAAUCGUUUAGUUUGCAAAUCUAUAAAGGUCAAUUGGUACUUUUCAA